UUCAACACAAUGGAAAGAAUUUUUAAAAUAUUUUUCGUUGCUUUAAUAUUUUUCAUUAACGUGAAUUAUAUAGUCGGAUGUGAAAUUAAAAAAAAUAUUGAACCCAAUAAAGAAUGGUGGCAAACAGCUCAAUUAUAUCAAAUUUAUCCAAGAUCCUUUAAAGAUUCUGAUGGAGAUGGAAUUGGUGAUUUAAAUGGAAUUACGGACAAAUUGGAUUAUUUUAAGGAAAUAGGGAUAACAGCUGUGUGGUUAUCUCCGAUUUUUCAAUCACCAAUGGCAGAUUUUGGUUAUGAUAUUAAAGAUUUUUAUGACAUUCAUUACGAAUAUGGAACAAUGAAAGAUUUCGAAAAUUUAAUUAAAAAAGCAAAACAAAUUGGACUUAAAAUUAUUUUAGAUUUUGUACCAAACCAUUCAAGUAAUGAAUCAGAAUGGUUUAAAAAAUCUAUUGACAGAGAUCCAGAAUAUGAAGAUUUUUAUGUUUGGGAAGAUGGCGUGGAUGACCCUCAAAACCCUGGUAAGAAAUUACCACCAAGUAAUUGGCGUUCGUCAUUCCGGGGAAGUGCUUGGCAAUGGAAUGAAAAAAGACAACAAUUUUAUCUUCAUCAGUUUGGUGUUCAACAACCAGAUUUAAAUUAUAGGAAUCCUAGAGUUGUUGAAAGAAUGAAACAUGUUUUAAGAUUUUGGUUAAAUAAAGGUGUUGAUGGUUUUCGAAUUGAUGCUAUAUUAAAUUUAUUUGAAGUACCACGAUUUCCUAACGGAACUUAUAGUAAUGAACCAAAAAGUGGUUUAACUGAUGAUCCUGAGGAUUUUGAUUAUCUUGAACAUAUUUAUACUCAAAAUCAACCAGAAACAAUUGAUAUGGUAUAUCAAUGGAGGCAAUUAGUUGAUGAUUAUAAACGUGUUCAUAAUACUGAAACUAAAGUUAUGCUUCUUGAAAUUUAUUCAAGUCCAGAAAUUACUUCAAAAAUGUAUGGUAAUAUGAGUAUGGAAGGAGCUCAUUUGCCGUUUAAUUUCAAUUUUAUUUUUCAAUUAAACUCAAAUUUAAAUGCUAAAGAUGUUAAAGCGGCCACAGAUAAUUGGUUAUUAAAUAUCCCAAGUAAAAGAACUGCGAAUUGGGUGAUUGGUAAUCAUGAUAGAAGGCGGAUUGGAACUAGAUAUGGUUUAGAAAAAAUCGAUCAUAUGAAUAUGUUAGUAAUGAUUCUUCCUGGUGUUAGCGUAACAUAUCAAGGUGAAGAGCUUGGAAUGUUAGAUGGAAUAAUAUCUUGGGAAGAGACUGUUGAUCCUGCUGGUUGUAAUAGUAACAGUUCUAUAUAUGAAAAGUUUUCAAGAGAUCCCUGCAGAACACCAUUUCAGUGGGAUGAUACUAAAAAUGCAGGAUUUACAACAAAAGAAAAACCUUGGCUUCCAAUGGCACCAAAAUAUGAAGAAUUAAAUGUAAAAAUGGAAUUGGCAGCAAAAGAAAGCCAUUUGAAAAUUUACAAGAGUUUAAUGGAAUUACGUAAAACAAAAACAAUUAAAUUUGGUGAUUACAAAUAUGAUGCAAUUAGUGAUGAUGUUUUUGUUGUACUCAGGACAUACAAAGAUUUUAAAAUCUUAUUAGUCGAGAAUUUCAGUAAUAAAGAACAAGAAGUUGAUUUGGUAAAAAGAUUUGGUGCUUUGCCAGAAUUAAAUUUGAAAAUUAAAAAUUUAGGUUCCAAUAAGGAUUUGGGUGCAAAUUUUAAUGUGGAAAAAUUAAUUUUAAAUAAAUUUGAAGCUUUAGUUUUUACAACGAAAUCACUUGAAUAAAUAGAAAAUGAAUAAAUAAUUUAUUAUUAAUUUUAUUAUUUUAUUUUACUAUCAACUAAUUGAAUUAUUCAUAUUUUUAAUCAUAUAUGUAUAAUUUUUUAAAUAUUUCAAAUUAAAUUUUGUAUUUUUAAUGAAA